AUGUCCAAAGAGACUCGCCGCGCCAGUCAUAGCCCCAUUGCCGCCAUGGAUACAUCGAACGGUAACACUCCCUUGCCGGAGGAUAUGACCAAGCCUCCGGAGGGCAUGGUACUGCCCCCCAAGGACAUUCGAGCGAUCGUUGAGAAGACUGCGGGAUACGUUGCUCGCAAUGGUCAUAUCUUUGAAGACCGUGUUCGUGACAAGGAAAAGAGCAAUCCUAAAUUCUCCUUCUUGAAUCCAGGCGAUGCCUACGCGCCCUUUUACCAAUGGCGCCUCACGGAAAUCAAGGACGGCCGCGGUACUGCCGUCUCAGCAGGUCGAGCUGGCGAAGCGACACCCGCCGUCGAACCUGAAAAGCCCAAGGGACCGCCCGAACCCGCCGCGUUUCAUUUCUCCGCGCGCAUGCCCAACAUCAAUGCGCAGGAUUUAGAGGUCGUCAAGCUCACCGCAUUGUUUGUCGCUAAGCGAGGCAAAUCUUUCGUGACCGCGCUGUCGCAGCGCGAGGCUAGAAACUACCAGUUCGAGUUCCUUCGUCCCCAGCACAGUCUCUACCAAUUCUUCACCCGACUGGUCGACCAGUACACCAUUCUGUUGCGAUCCGAAGGCAUUGACGCUGCCACUACUGAGCAGAAAAGAAUUGCCGAACUUGAGCAGAAUGUGCGAAAUAAAUAUCAUAUCAUGGAGCGCGCCACACAGCGCGCCGAGUGGGUGAAGUUCCAAGAACAGCAGAAGCAGAAGAAGGAAGAGCUGGAGGAACAGGAGCGUAUCGAGUAUGCGCAGAUCGACUGGCACGAUUUUGUGGUCGUCGAGACCGUCAUGUUCACCGAAGUCGACGACCAGUCCGACCUCCCACCGCCGACCUCACUUGCGGACCUGCAGUCCGCCUCCCUUGAGCAAAAAGCCGCCAUGUCUCUCAACCCCCUCCGCAUCGAAGAGGCGAUGCCCACCGAUCUCGAUAACCCUACCUACUACAACCCUUACCCCGUUCAACCCGAAUCCGCCGUGCCCUCUACCUCUCCCUACCCGGCCCAACCUCAAGGCCCUUACGCCCCCCCAAGCGCGGACUACAAUAUGCAAUACCCCCCCGCAACCUGA